CAUCAAACAUGGCGGAUUGUUGUUGUGAGCAGAUGUAAAGCUAAGCAAAAUGAAAGCUAAAACUCUGAAAUAUAGGGGAACAUUCGUAAAUAUUAGUGUUUAUUGGAUACAUUUAUAACUACUAUAGUGUUCUAUAUAAUAUAAUGUUUGUUAGUUUUGUAGAGUUUCAGUACGGAUUUUAAAGCCUUUGUAUUCAAGGGGCAAUGUUAGCAAUAGCAUUUAGGCUAAUCAGUAGUUUGCAAAUAUAACCUAAAGAGUUGCUUAAAUUAAAGCAAUGUUAGGAUUUUUGACGGCAAGGCGGGCAGGGCUGGAUGAUCCUUUGAGACUGAGACGAGCAGAAUCAACGAGAAGGGUUCUCAAUCUGAAAUUAAAUCCUGACAGGGAUGUGGAUCGGAUCCAUGGGAAUGGCAUUAAUAGCAUCGAUAUUGAAACAAUCGAGGGAAGAUACAUGUUAUCUGGCGGUGCUGAUGGAGUGAUUGUCAUCUAUGACCUGGAAAACUACAGCGGGAAGCCACAAUACACCUGCAAGGCGGUCUGCACAGUUGGCCGGUCCAACCGACAUGUUCACAAGUUCAGUGUAGAAACAGUUCUUUGGUAUCCUUAUGACACGGGGAUGUUUGUCUCCAGUUCCUUCGACAAGACCAUGAAGGUUUGGGAUACUGAGACUUUAAAGCCCGCUGAAGUGUUUGAGUUUGAGAGUAAUAUCUACAAUCACCACCUGUCCCCAAUCGCCAGGAAGCACAGUCUCAUUGCAGUUGGCACCAAAAACCCUAAAAUCCAGCUAUGUGACUUGAAGUCUGGCUCAAAAAUUCAUGUUCUUCAAGGUCACAAAGCAGAAGUACUGUCCGUGCGAUGGUCGCCGAGAUAUGAGCACAUUUUAGCCACUGCCAGUGCAGACAGCAAAGUAAAAGUGUGGGAUGUUCGUCGAGCAUCUGGCAGCCUCUUCUCUCUUGACCAGGACAAUGGAGACAAGUCCAAAUCCUCCUCAGAAGCAGUGAACACGGCACAUAAUGGCAGAGUGAAUGGUCUGUCCUUCACAAGUGAUGGCCUCUUCCUCUUAACUACUGGAACUGAUGACAGAAUGAGGUUAUGGAAUAGUGCUACUGGGGAAAAUACAUUGGUGAAUUAUGGGAAAGUUUGCAACGAGAGCCGUAAAGGGCUGCAGUUCACAGUGUCUCAGGGCUGCAGCCCAGAGUUCGUGUUCGUGCCGUGUGGCAGCUCAGUGGCAGUGUAUGUCCUCCACACAGGAGAGCUGGUCACUAUGCUCAGGGGUCACUACAACAAUGUUGACUGCUGCAAGUUCCAUCCAGACCACCAGGAGCUGUACAGUGGAGGCAAAGACGGUAACAUACUAGCAUGGGUUCCUGUACUUCGGGCUUCAGAUAUGGAAGAAGAGUCUGACCAAAAGAAUAAGGAUGUUUUACAGGGUGCCGCUGAUUCGUCUGCAGGGAAUCGUGCCUUACAGGAUGCGUGGAGCAGUGAUGAAGACUAAUGCAGUUGUUUUGAAUAUGUUUAUUUACUUAAGUCCACCAAAAUCCUGAUUUUGUGUCAAAAAUAACUGAUGUAAGCACACAUCCUUGUUAUGAGUUUCAUCAAAACUCUUUUUGCAGUUCUGUCUACAUUCAGAAAAAAAAACUACCUACUGAUGUUGGAUACAUUUGUCAGGAAACUUCAUGGAAAUUUUGAAAAGUUUACAAUCUAGAGAAAAGAGGGGGAAAAAUAGCCAACUCGUAAAUUAUCCCCUAUACUCCUCUUCUUUUACUCUGCCUUUCAUUAUGUUGAGGGAUUUUGUGUCUUCUGAUACAUUUGUAAAUCUUUCUGCUCUUCUCUCGCCCUCUUUGAACACUCCCAAACUUAGCAUUUGGAGUAUGUUGCCUAGCAGUUCAUUCAAAUCAUCUAGACAUAGCACAUUUUUUCUGAAUGAUUAAGUCCUUUUAACAAUUUCCCCCGGCUAGACCGAAAGUGUAUGACAGUAAGCCAGUUAAAUAUUAUCAGUCGCCUCCAUUAUUCAAAAGAAAAACAGUGAUGACACGAAGAUGAAAA